AUGAUCUAUCCCCAGCAACGCCGACGACAGCAGAGGGUCGCGACCCCUGGCCGCAUCGCUCUGGCGGCCGGUCUCGCUUCGGCGCUGUCGGCGCAAGCGAUCGCCUUGCCCGCCAGUGGGGCCGCCGGUGCUCGUCCCAGCGCUAUCGUGGGCGAGUCGACGCCGCGCAAGAGUAUCAACUUUGGUCCCCAUGUCCCCGCCAAGCACCACACCUCGGCUAGCCCCGAUGCGAGCAUCGCCAUGUGGAAUGCGAGCCCCUUCAAAGCCUCGUUCGGCACGGAGCCCUCGGCGUAUGGCGCCACCUCAACGGCGGCCAACCUCAUCGGUUCUGCUGUAGCCCAAGCCUUUGGUCAGUUCAACCUUGAGGUCCUCGACGUGUGACUGACUUCUACUGUAUCUGGACACCUGACCCUCGUUGCCUAUCUUCCCGGUUGAUUAUCCGAUGCCGUGCUCGCUUGGGGCCUUGCCGGCGCCCGUCCGUCGAUUGCCACCGACAGUCGAGUCGUUGCACCCUUCGUCCCAGUUCCGCCUCGUCAAUGGCUACGUGUCCAAGCACAACAACGUGUAUCAUGCCCACUUCCUCGAGACCCUCGGUGGCAUCGAUGUCGCCAACGGUAACCUGAACGUCAAGUAAGUACCUGUCUACUGCCCGCUCUGCCCUGCCCCGCUCGGCGCCUUCCCGCCUCCGCCGCCGGUCGCAGGCUCGAGUCAGCGAAUAUGUGAUCGAACGUGGCUCGCCCCGACCCGACUCGGCCGAGCUCGCGCUUGGUCCCUUCCACCUCGCGAUCGCCGAAUGCAGAGUCAUGAGACUGAAGUAUUUCCCAAUGUCCAUCUACCCCAUUCUAGUAUCGAUCUCGAUACCAACGACAUUGUCUCGUACGGUGAUAGCUCAUUCGCCAGUUCCAACGUCGAAUCGUCGUCAUCGUCGGCGGCGUCGUCUUGGAAGGCCAAGGUUGCGAGUUGGGCCGCCGAGGCCGAAGAGUCGGCCGUCGAGGCACUCAACGCCGCUUCGCAGACCGUCUUCGGCGACAAUGGUCCCCAGGGCGAGAAGAAGGACGACUUUGAGAUGUAUGCGUCGCCUCCCUUGGUCCCCGAGGGCAAGAUGACUCGAGUCGUCCGAAAAGGCGCGACCAAGCCCAACGAUCCCCGUCAUGGUUUGCUCACUUUCCUCGCUGUGCAAUCGCCCAACUCUGACCUGAGCGAGCUUCUCGUCUCGGCUCCCCGUGCCGAGCUCGUCGACUCCUUGGGGGUUGAACGUGUCGUUGGCGCUACGCACACCCACACCAUCUUGAACGCUCCUUCGGCGCUCGAGCCUGUCAAGGCCACCCUCACGUAUGUUCACGAUGGCAAGAAGCUCCAGCUCGCCUGGAAGUACGAGAUUCUGUCUAACGACAAUCAAUACGAGGCCUACGUCCAAGCCGAUGCCGCUGUCUCGAGCGACGAGGAGGUCUUCCUCGUCGUCGACUGGGUUCGCGACUACCGCCCCACCGGUGGCGAGAUGGGCAUCGAGGCGCUGAUGACUCCCAUGGCUCUCGGAAAGCGCUCGAAGCUCGCCGGUGCCUUUGGCGGCCAACGCAAGCCGGUCAAGUUCUCCAAAGGUCGCGUUGGCACCGUCGUUGGUGGAUCGAUGCAUGAGGCCGAAGCGCUGCUGCGCGAUUUCGCGGCUCCCACUGUCCCCGACAAGAACGCCAAGCCUUCCUACAAAGUCUUCCCUUGGGGUGAGAACGACCCUACGGAGGGCAAGCGUGAGGUUUUGAGCGGCAAGAAGCUCCUUAUGGACGACGAGGCCUCCCCCUCCGGCUGGCACACCGUCGAGUCCGAGUUCGAGCAUGAAAAGGCUACGCUCUACUCGGACACGCGAGGCAACAACGUCUUUGCGCAGGACAACGUCGAUGGUGGCAACUCGAUGAACGGUCACCGACCUUCCGGCGGAAAGUCGCUUACGUUCGAUUUCAAGCUCGGAUGGCCCAAGCCUGGAACUCCUCUGGAGCCUAGCAGUACGUUCCAAGAGUGUUUUUCUCUCUGGGAAACUGCAUUUCCUACGGGAAUGCACAGGCCCGGCAGAAUGCUGAUAAAUGCCCACUUCCCAUUCCUGCAGCUUACAUCGAUGCCGCCAUCACGGAGCUUUUCUACACGAACAACCUUAUUCACGACUUGUUCUACCGCUAUGGCUUUGAUGAAGUGUCGGGUAACUUCCAGUACGUCUAUCAUUCUCCCUCGACCCUCGACCGUCGUUCUCGCUGUUACCCCUGACGCUCGCUGUUCUUGUCCUCCAGGGAGAACAACUUUGGCCGAGGAGGUCGAGGCGGUGAUGCUGUCCAAGCCAAUGCACAGGACGGUUCGGGUGAGCCCAACUCAGCACGACCUGUUCUUCUUUUAGAGACUAAUGACCCUGAGUAUGAUGCGCAGGCCAAAACAACGCAAACUUUGCCACACCCCCUGAUGGAAGUCGGCCUCGUAUGAGGAUGUACUACUGGACCGGCAGUCAGCCGUACCGCGAUGGCGACUUUGAGGCCGGCAUUGUCAUCCACGAGUACGCGCAUGGUAUCUCGACUCGUCUCACCGGUGGCUCCGCUCAAUCGGGCUGCUUGGGCUGGGGUGAGGCUGGAGGUAUGGGAGAAGGAUGGGGUGACUACUUUGCGUCGACAAUUCGCAUGAUCGCGGCGAACCAGACCGAUGUGACGAUGGGCGAGUGGGCCUCCAGCCGUAAGGGCGGUAUCCGCAACUACCCUUACACGCUCAACUUGACAACCAAUCAAGACACCUACAAGUCGCUCGACAAGCCCGGCUACUGGGGCGUCCAUGCGAUCGGCGAGGUUUGGGCUGAAAUGUGCUGGGAGAUGAUGCAUAACCUCAUCCAGAAGCAUGGAUGGGAGAGCUCGCUCUUCCCUCCCGCGCCGGCUGAUGCGGACAAGAGCGAUUUCUACAACCCGAACUACAAGAAGAAGGUGCCUGCCAAGGGCAACACCUUGGCCAUGCAGUUGGUCGUUGAUGGACUCAAGCUUCAGCCUUGCCGCCCCACCUUCCAGAACGCUCGUGACGCCAUCUUGGCCGUAAGUCGCUCGGGACCAAGUCGUCUCUUACGCAGCUUGAAUCUGACACGUUUGUCUUGUUGCACUUGUACACAGGCCGACAAAGCUCUUACCGGCGGUGACAACCAGUGCGAGAUCUGGAAGGCUUUCUCGAAGCGUGGUCUUGGACCCGACGCUGUAUGUGCCUCUUGUUGCGUACCAUUGGAUCCAGGUGACUGCUUGCUGAAUAGUCACGGCGCCACUUCCUCCGCAGGUUGUUGUCGGCUCUACGCCUUGGGGUGGAGGAGUCCGCACCGAGGACUACAAGUUGCCCAAGACGUGCGCGAACAGAAAGUCUUCGUAG